CCGCCGCCUGCCGCCCGCGUGCCCGGGCUGCGGUGGGCCAGGAUGUCGGGCUUCCUGGAGGAGCUGCUCGGCGAGAAGCUGGUGACGGGCGGCGGCGAAGAGGUGGACGUGCACUCGCUGGGCGCCCGCGGCAUCUCGCUGCUCGGGCUCUACUUCGGCUGCAGCCUGAGCGCCCCCUGCGCGCAGCUCAGCGCCAGCCUGGCCGCCUUCUACGGCCGCCUGAGGGGCGACGCGGCGGCCGGGCCGGGGGCCGGGCCGGGGCCGGGGGCCGGCGCGGCCGCGGAGCCCGAGCCGCGGAGCCGCCUGGAGAUCGUCUUCGUGUCCUCAGACCAGGACCAGCGGCAGUGGCAGGACUUCGUGCGGGACAUGCCGUGGCUGGCGCUGCCCUACAAGGAGAAGCACAGAAAGCUUAAACUUUGGAACAAGUACCGAAUUUCCAACAUUCCAUCGCUAAUAUUCCUAGACGCCACCACCGGGAAGGUCGUGUGCAGGAAUGGGCUGCUGGUGAUCCGUGAUGACCCGGAAGGUCUGGAAUUCCCUUGGGGGCCCAAGCCUUUCAGGGAAGUCAUUGCGGGGCCCUUGCUUAGAAAUAACGGGCAGUCCCUGGAGAGCAGCAGCCUGGAGGGGUCUCACGUGGGCGUCUACUUCUCUGCGCACUGGUGUCCACCCUGCCGGAGCCUCACCCGGGUCCUGGUGGAGUCCUACCGCAAGAUCAAGGAAGCAGGCCAGAAGUUCGAGAUCAUCUUCGUCAGUGCGGACAGGUCAGAGGAGUCCUUCAAACAGUACUUCAGCGAGAUGCCCUGGCUGGCUGUCCCCUACACCGAUGAGGCCCGGCGGUCACGCCUCAACCGGCUGUACGGCAUCCAAGGCAUCCCCACACUCAUCGUGCUGGACCCGCAGGGGGAGUUGAUCACCCGGCAGGGGCGCGUGGAGGUGCUCAACGACGAGGACUGCAGGGAGUUCCCGUGGCACCCGAAGCCCGUGCUGGAGCUCUCGGACUCCAACGCCGUGCAGCUCAACGAGGGCCCCUGCCUCGUGCUUUUCGUAGACUCGGAGGAUGACGGAGAGUCUGAGGCAGCCAAGCAGCUGAUCCAGCCGAUAGCCGAGAAAGUCAUUGCCAAGUACAAAGCCAAGGAGGAGGAGGCACCGCUGCUGUUCUUUGUGGCUGGGGAGGAUGACAUGACCGACUCCCUGCGAGAUUACACCAACCUGCCCGAGGCCGCCCCUCUGCUCACCAUCCUGGACAUGUCGGCCCGGGCCAAGUACGUGAUGGACGUGGAGGAGAUCACCCCUGCCAUCGUGGAGGCCUUUGUGAAUGACUUCCUAGCAGAGAAGCUCAAACCCGAGCCCAUCUAGUGGGGCCGCCGCCUCCGGGGCAUUAUUUAAAACUGUCUCCUCCUCCUCCCCUUCCUUCCCUCGGCCCUUGGACUCUCCCGGCGUGGCCCGAGUCACACAGCCCCCGUGUCCCACCUCUCUGUGGUGCCUUGUCUCUGCAUUCACUCCUCUGCCAGCACCCCGGGGUGUGCGUCCUCCUGGUGGCGGAAGACCCCACGGUGUUGAGAAGCUCUGCUGGGCAUUCGUGGGGAUGGCAUCACCUAGCCAGGCCUGGGACUGGGACGGCUGCGCUCUGUCCAGGUCACUGCCUGUGAGUGGCGGGUCCACCAGGGUGUUCUCCCGCACAGGUGUGUGCGGGGACAGCGGAUCGGGGCUCUGGCCCUGACACAGAGUCAGCACACACAUGUACACACACAUGGCCCCCACACAGCCGGGGCAGGGUGGGGGGAGCUGCUCGGUGACAUGCCUGUCGGGGGAGCAGAGCCCGUGGCUGGAGCUGCUGAUGGCAGCAUCCCUAAGUGACGUCAUCCUUCUCCGCCUGGGCUUCUUGGGCAGAUCUCCAAAUCUGAACGGAAGCUUGGGGGGUGUUUUAGGUGGGAAGCGUGAGUGGCUGCAGCGGCCGUUUUGUUGAGCUCCACGGUGAGACGAGAGCUUCUUUCCUUCAUUUCGUCCCUUUCUUGCUUGCUCUUGACCCGCCCCAGGUUUCUGCCUGCUCAUAGAGAACAGCUCCUCCUCUCUGGGGAUUUGUGACUGAAUUCCGCCCCUUGGGCACACCUCGCCGGGCACGGUCAGUGCUGCGUCUGAGGCCAUAGGACCUCUGCUGAGGCCCCUGACCCCCCUUGGGUUACCCUGUCACUCCCUUUUCUUCCCAAUGCAAUCGCCAGAAGCCUCACUUUUCCCUGAGAGCCUGCAGAAGGCGCUGUGCCCUAGAGCAGGAGGGGGCCAGGGCCUGGCAGAGGAAGCCGUAGGUCCCUUUUGCGAGGCCAGGUGGCUUGGGUUCUUGAAGGGCCUGAAUUGAGCACAAAACCCCAAACAGCAGUUCUUAAGAUUUGGGCGGUGGGCUUUGGCCUGGGAUUUUCGGGGUGUUCAUCUCAGAUGGGUGUCAGGGCCGUGAAACAGUCCCAGGCCUUACCCCGGGCUCCACUCAGCACCAGAAUCGUCCAUUUGGAGAACCCGGCCGCACUAAGGAGCUGUCGGCACGGCUGUCCCUUGCUGAACUGGAUUGUCCAUCUGUAGUUCAGAGGUCUACACUUAGCUGGUAAUUAGACUGUUGUUUGAUGUUGCUGGCCUGAGACGCCAUCUACCUAGCGAGAAAUAAAGCAGGCAUCUCUGGACGCUAA